AUGAGGACCGAGAAGGCCGAAGAGAGCCCCCCAAUCCCGCGCCGAGGCGGCGGCGGCGGCGGCGGCGGCGCGACGAUGAGGAUGAUGAAUACAUUGCAAAGUUUUUUUGGCCCCGGCGAGGGGUGUCAGAUUGAGUGCUCUGUGCGCAUGAGGAGGAGAGAGAUUCCGCGAGCCGACACCAUGCGAUCCAAGGCGAGGGCGAGGAAGCUAGCCAAAAGUGACGGUGACGUUGUAAAUAACAUGUAUGAGCCCGACCCGGAUCUGCUGGCCGGCCACAGUGCUGAGGACGAGACUGAGGACAGUGUCAUGUCACCCGUCCCCACCAGCGAGGACUUCACCCCCAAGGAGGGCUCGCCCUACGAGGCCCCGGUCUACAUUCCCGAAGACAUUCCAGUCCCACCAGACUUCGAGCUCCGAGAGUCCUCCGUGCCCGGCGCCGGCCUGGGCAUCUGGGCCAGGAGGAAGCUGGAGGUCGGGGAGAGGUUUGGCCCCUUCCUGGCGGCGCCGCGGACCGCACUGAAAGAGACAGACUUCGGAUGGGAGCAAAUACUGACGGAUGCAGAAGUGUCUUCCCAGGAGAGCUGCAUCAAAAAGAUCUCUGAAGACCUGGGCAGCGAGAAGUUCUGCGUGGAUGCUGCCCAGGCAGGGGCCGGCAGCUGGCUCAAGUACAUCCGAGUGGCAUGUUCCUGUGACGACCAAAACCUCACCAUGUGUCAGAUCAAUGAGCAGAUUUACUAUAAAGUCAUCAAGGACGUCGAGCCCGGUGAGGAGCUGCUGGUGCACGUGAAGGACGGCAUCUACCCGCUGGGCGCGGCGCCGCCCGGUCUGGACGAGGAGCCCACGUUCCGCUGUGACGAGUGUGACGAGCUCUUCCAGUCCAAGGUGGACCUGCGGCGCCACAAGAAGUACGCGUGCGGCUCGGUGGGAGCCGCGCUCUACGAGGGCCUGGCGGAGGAGCUCAAGCCUGAGGGUCUCGGCAGCGGGGGCGGCGGCCAGUCCCACGAGUGCAAGGACUGCGAGCGGAUGUUCCCAAACAAGUACAGCUUGGAGCAGCACAUGAUCAUCCACACAGAGGAGCGCGAGUACAAGUGUGACCAGUGUCCCAAGGCCUUCAACUGGAAGUCCAACCUCAUCCGCCACCAGAUGUCCCACGACAGCGGCAAGCGCUUCGAAUGUGAAAACUGUGUGAAGGUGUUCACGGACCCCAGCAACCUGCAGCGGCACAUUCGCUCGCAGCACGUGGGCGCGCGGGCCCACGCCUGCCCGGAUUGCGGGAAGACCUUUGCCACGUCCUCGGGCCUGAAGCAGCACAAGCACAUCCACAGCACGGUCAAGCCUUUCAUAUGCGAGGUCUGCCACAAGUCCUACACGCAAUUCUCCAACCUGUGCCGGCACAAGCGGAUGCACGCCGACUGCCGCACGCAGAUCAAGUGCAAGGACUGCGGGCAGAUGUUCAGCACCACCUCCUCGCUCAACAAGCACCGGCGCUUCUGCGAGGGCAAGAGCCAGUACGCGCCGGGCAGCAUCUUCGCGCCGGGCCUGCCCUUGACCCCUGGCCCCGUGCUGGACAAGGCGAAGCCCUCCGCCAGCCUCAACCACUCUGGCCUGGGCUUCGGCGACUACUUCCCCUCCCGGCCGCACCCGGGCAGCCUGCCCUUCUCCACGGCGCCACCGGCGUUCCCUGCACUCACGCCCGGCUUCCCGGGCAUCUUCCCUCCGUCCUUGUACCCCCGGCCGCCUCUGCUACCUCCCACGCCGCUGCUCAAGAGCCCCCUGAACCACACCCAGGACGCCAAGCUCCCCAGCCCCCUGGGCACCCCCGCCCUGCCCCUCGUCUCUGCCGUCAGCAGCAGCAGCCAGGGCACCACGGCCGCCGCGGGGCCGGGGGUGGACUUCGAGGGCCGUCUGGAGGACUCGUGCGUAGGGAAGCUCAAGACGCGGGGCAGCGACGUGUCGGACGGCAGCGACUUUGAGGACGUCAACACCACGACGGGGACCGACCUGGACACGACCACGGGGACAGGCUCAGACCUGGACAGCGACGUGGACAGCAACCCCGACAAGGCCAAGGGCGAGAGCAAGCCGGCCGAGGGCAAGCCCGAGUUCGGGGGCGGCUCGGCGCCCCCAGGUCCCCCGAGCAGCGUGGCCGAGGUGCCCGUGUUCUACUCCCAGCACUCCUUCUUCCUGCCCCCCGACGAGCAGCUGCUGACGUCGUCGGGCGCCGCCGGCGACUCCAUCAAGGCCAUCGCGUCCAUCGCGGAGAAGUACUUCGGGCCGGGCUUCAUGGGCAUGCCGGAGAAGAAGCUGGGCUCGCUGCCCUACCACUCCGUGUUCCCCUUCCAGCUGCUGCCCAACUUCCCCCACGCCCUCUACCCCUUCACGGACCGCGCCCUCGCCCACAACCUGCUGGUCAAGGCCGAGCCACAGUCGCCCCGGGACGCCCUCAAGGUGGGCGGCCCCAGCGCCGAGUGCCCCUUCGAUCUCACCACCAAGCCAAAGGAGGCGAGGCCCGUCCUGCCCGCGCCCAAGGGCACCCCGGCCCCUGCACCCGGCGAGGAGCAGCCGCUGGACCUGAGCAUCGGCAGCCGGGUGCGCGCCAGCCAGAACGGGGGCGGGCGGGAGCCCCGGAAGAACCACGUCUACGGCGAGCGGAAGCUGGGGCCCGGCGAGGGGCUGCCCAAGGUGUGCCCGGCGCACGUGCCCCAGCAGCCCUCGCUGCACUACGCCAAGCCCUCCCCCUUCUUCAUGGACCCCAUCUACAGCAGGGUAGAAAAGCGGAAGGUGACGGACCCCGUGGGAGUCCUGAAGGAGAAGUACCUGCGGCCGUCCCCACUGCUGUUCCACCCCCAGAUGUCAGCCAUCGAAACCAUGACAGAGAAGCUGGAGAGCUUCACGGCCAUGAAAGCCGACGCGGGCAGCUCCCUGCAGCCCCUCCCCCACCACCCCUUCAACUUCCGGUCCCCGCCCCCGACGCUCUCGGACCCCAUCCUCAGGAAGGGCAAGGAGCGGUACACCUGCAGGUACUGUGGGAAGAUCUUCCCCAGAUCAGCAAAUCUCACGAGACACCUGAGAACACACACCGGGGAGCAGCCGUACAGGUGUAAGUACUGCGACCGCUCCUUCAGCAUCUCCUCCAACCUCCAGCGGCACGUCCGCAACAUCCACAACAAGGAGAAGCCCUUCAAGUGCCACCUGUGCAACCGCUGCUUUGGGCAGCAGACCAACCUGGACAGGCACCUCAAGAAGCACGAGCACGAGAACGUGCCAGUGAGCCAGCACACCGGGGUGCUCACCAACCACCUGGGCACCAGCGCCUCCUCCCCCACCUCCGAGUCGGAACACCACGCACUUUUGGACGAGAAGGAAGACUCCUAUUUCUCUGAAAUCAGGAACUUUAUUGCCAAUAGUGAGAUCAGCCAAGUGUCAUCGCGAACGGACAAACGGCCGGACAUCCAGGACCUGGAUGGCAAUGCCCCGUGUCCGGGCUUGGCCAGUGGGAAGCCACAGGACGUGGAGGAGGAGGAGGAGGAGGACUUGGAGGAGGAUGACGAGGACAGCCUGGCCGGGAAGUCGCAGGACGACACCGUGUCCCCCGCCCCCGAGCCCCAGGCCACCUAUGAGGAUGAGGAGGACGAGGAGCCGCCCGCCUCCCUGGCCAUGGGCUUCGACCACACCCGGAGGUUUAUUGAGGAGCAAGAAGGCGGUCUGUUAGCUUUGGAGCCGAUGCCGACCUUUGGGAAGGGGCUGGACCUCCGCAGAGCAGCUGAGGAAGCGUUUGAAGUUAAAGAUGUGCUUAAUUCCACCUUAGACUCUGAGACUUUAAAACAGUCCCUGUGCAGGCAGGCUAAGAACCAGGCGUAUGCAAUGAUGCUGUCUCUUGCUGAGGACGCUCCUGUCCACACCCCCGCCCAGGGCUCUCUGGACGCCUGGCUGAGCAUCGCGGGGGCCGCGUCGGAGCCCAGAGCCUUUAACCCCAUCAACCACCUCUGA